ACUAAAAACAACAACUUUAUAAUUCUGUCACAUCGUCCUCACUUGAUCUCACGUUUUACAGUUCAUUUCGUUAUUUUUGCCCAGUUUAUCGUCCUUAAUUAGCCUCACGCGCGGUCGUUAAGUCUCACGCGCCGCCCUUUUACAGUUCUGUCACAUCGGCCACAGUUGAUCUCACGCGCUCCGUCAAUCAGGAGCGGAUACAGCUCUUCAGGAACCCAUAAACUUCAAAUCCUGGAUCCACCUCUGCCGUCAAUGGAGGUUGAAGUGAAGCUCCGGUUGCCGGAUUCAACCGCACAUCAGAAAGUUCUCUCACUUCUCUCACCUUACCACACGAAAACACACCACCAGCGCAACACUUUCUUCGACGGCGCGUGCGGCGAGCUGAGCACGCGCCGGGCAGUUCUCCGGCUCCGAUUCUACGAGAAUUCGGAAAACGUGAAAUGCAUGUUGUGUCUCAAGGCUAAAGCCGUAAUUAUCGACGGUGUUAGCCGAGUCGAAGAGGAUGAGGAGGAAUUGGAUCCGAAAAUAGGAUAUGAAUGUGUUUCUAACCCUAGACAAUUGAUGCAGGUAGAUACUAGGGUUUUGAAGAGGGCAAAAGAGGAAUUUCAUGUUGGUGAGGAAGGGUUUAUUGGAUUGGGUGGGUUUAAGAAUGUGAGGAAUGUGUUCGAGUGGAAUGGUGUGGAAUUGGAGGUAGAUGAGACUAUGUAUGAGUUUGGGACUUGUUAUGAGAUUGAAUGUGAAAGCUUGGAGCCAGAGAAAGUUAAAGCUAUGAUUGAGGCAUUGUUGAAGGAGAAUGAUAUUGAUUAUAGCUAUUCAGAAGUGUCAAAGUUUGCUACUUUCCGGGCCGGAAAGUUGCCUUAGUUUACCUCAUAGAUGGUACCAUCCCUCGAAGGCUUGAAGUGUUGAUUUCCUCAAUAUUUUGCAGUUAAGACUUGAAAGGCAUGAAAUAAUAUUUUGUGGUUUCCUGAUCAUUUACCCUCCUGCUGAUAAGAGUUUUAUUAAACCUCUCAUUUUUAUCCCCCCCGAAUAUUAGUUUUUUUAUUUUAUUUUUUGGAGUACUAUUUAGAACAUCAGCAUCUUCUAUUUGUGGAAAUGGAGCAUGAUGCUAAACUUUGGACUUUA